GAUGAAACUAUUUUGACAGCUGAUAGGAAGAAAAAAGAAAACAAAACGUACCCAGCAUUGUGCAAAAUAGGAGUCCACAGUUUCUAGAUAAAUAAGCAAUAAAAGUGAAACAUAUAGAAUUAAAAACCAGAUGUUUCCUUUUUACAGAUAAUGUACAUAGUGAAGUACAUCCUCGUUUUCGUACAGCUAUAGUCGAUGAAGGACAUUUAAGCACUUUUGUCGUAGCAAUUCCUCGCACAAGAAGAGGAAGAGCAAACUUAAACAUCCAGUGUCGUGUAAAAAUAAUAUUCUCUAGAGAUGCAGUAAAAAGCGCCGAUUAAAAUCAUGAGCAUACCGAGAAUAAUGGUCUUUCGGCCAACCUGGGAAGAGUUCCAGGACUUCCCAGCCUAUAUUGACUACAUGGAGUCGAAAGGAGCUCACAAGGCUGGUCUGGUGAAGGUUGUACCGCCCCCGGAAUGGGUUCCCCGGAAGCAAGGAUACGAUAUAAAAGAUAUCAACGUCAAUAUUCGUACACCGAUCUCGCAGGUAGUGUCGGGUAGGCAGGGCCUUUACCAGCAGCUAAACAUUCAGAAGCGAUCGAUGACGGUGCAGGAGUUUUACGAGAAAACACAGGAAGAGCGUCAUGCCACACCGAAACACUUUGACUACGCUGAUAUUGAGAAGAAAUUUUGGAAAAACAUAACGUAUGUCGCUCCGAUAUAUGGUGCCGACGUAGCGGGCAGUUUGACCGAUACGGAUGUGAAGGUGUGGAACAUCAAUUGCCUUGGAACCAUACUGGAUUACGUCAAUGCGGACUAUAAUAUAUCGAUCGCAGGAGUAAACACAGCCUACCUGUACUUUGGCAUGUGGAAAACGACGUUUGCAUGGCACACCGAAGAUAUGGAUUUGUACUCGAUAAAUUAUCUGCACUUUGGCGCUCCAAAGACGUGGUACGCGAUUCCUCCGGAACAUGGUCGCAAGCUGGAGAAGCUGGCGGAGCGCAUGUUCCCGGCCAACUAUCAGGAGUGUAAAGCGUUCAUGCGGCACAAGAUGACGCUCAUUAGCACGCAGGUGUUGAAAGCGUACGGCAUACCGUUUAACAAGAUCACCCAGGAACCGGGUGAAAUAAUGAUCACCUUUCCGUACGGUUACCAUGCUGGGUUUAAUCACGGCUUCAACUGCGCUGAAUCGACAAAUUUUGCCACCGAACGAUGGAUUGAGUAUGGUAAACGGGCGUCCGUAUGCAACUGCCGGCCAGAUAUGGUGAAAAUUUCAAUGGAAACGUUCGUGCGCCGCUUUCAGCCGGAAGUGUACGAGCUAUGGUUGCGUGGAGAAGAGUAUGGAUAUCAUCCGGAGGAUCCAAACACCUUAUGUCUAGCACCGAAACCGAUGCUACCGAAAAACUUCAAAAGCAAAUGUACCGAUGUGUCCGUACCACAGAAGCGAGGCUGCACACCGUUGAAAAUGGAGAAAAAGAAGGUAGCGAAAAAGACGAGCGAAAAAGCAAAAGAUAGACUGAAAUCCGUCUGGAGUAAGUUGGAGGGUAGGGAGUGCGGUGUCGCAACCGAUUUGCUUAUCGAUGGGCCAGUUAAAAGUAGCGCCAAAUUGACUGAUCGCUUCCACACACGUACGAUCGAUCUGAUCAACGAUAAUGCCGUUUAGUGGUGUCGAACGGUAAGAAUGUAGGAUGCAAACGAUUACGAUGCGAGUAGUACAGUAGCAAUACUUAUCGUCGCUAUUGUGCUAGUUAGAAAGUGAACACGACGUAUCGUAAUGUUAGUUUUGUACUAAACUACAGAGCACGUCUAAAGUAAUGGUUGAAAACAGAAGCACCCGUGUAAGGAAGGCGGUUCUUCAGAAGCCGUACUUGCGCAUGCCCUUAUUGCUGUGCAAUUAAUCGAUAGUUAGGUCAAUUUUGCGUUACUAGUAUUUGUAUUUCAUGGGCCGGUCAAAUAGUUUAUUCGAGUGUGCACGGUUGGACAAAACGGCACGCCUGGUCUGAAAACGUAGGACCAGCUAUGAGUAAUACAAGACACAGGUAGCCUGACAGAUACGGCUUGUGAGGCCAAUACCGGUAACGGUUGUAAAGUCAAAUAACACGAUAAAAGUGAAGUACAUGUAGUUCUCGCGAUACAGUAUUAUAGUGAACCACGGAAAUUUCGCGGAGAUCGGAGAAGCAUUAGAGUGAAUUUCCUUCUUUGUUUUUAAUGUUGUUUAGGCCUCAGUUUAGACAAAUUUUUGUAAGAAGACAUUUGUAAAAAUACAUAACAAAUUGAUUGGAUUGAAUUAGAAAACAGUAUCAAUCAAUUUGUAAGUUAUUUGCUUAUAUUUUGUGUUGACCUGUUGUUACACGUAUCUAGAGAACUACCUGUAUUUCUAAUUUGGCUUUGAUCGACCGUCUAGAUAUACCAGAUCUCACAACGGAUAUUGACCCACUGUGUCGGAUCGUGUAGUACGACAUUUCUCGGAGAGUGGUGUGUAAUGCGUGUGUUUUGUCCCUGAUUUUAUUCACUACACCUAAACAUCCUCAGCAUCACGAUCCGUUGCUCGGGAAAUACGAUCGUUAGCUAACUACAGGCAAUACAACUAAUUCUGCAACAGUACACCAAAGGGUAAUGCUGUCUUCAUUAUGUCCUGAGAUGAGGAGUAAAGAGCGGGAUUGUUGCACUACACUAGAAAUUAUGUCCGCUCAUCGCAGAAUGCCCAGUUAAAGGCAAACCGUUCAAACAAUUCGGCCAUGAUCGGCCACCACAUCGUUGAGCUACCAAAGUGCAUGGAUGGUGGGCACCAACUCACCAGGGGCAGCCGGGUUCCGUUGAUGCGGAAAGGAAACAAUAUUUAAUGUACAUUUAAAAACGAUUUGAGUUUGAGCUUAAGUAGCAGGUAUACUCACUCGGCGCCGACCGAUCGGAUUCACACGCAUCAGCAAUGAGGUGAUGGCAAAAUGAAUCCUCGAACGCGACACGAAAAGCGCCUAGCAAUAAAUAAUAAUCUUUUAUGUUCUACCCACAAAGAA